AAUCUAGAUGUAAUUCAUGGGAUUAUUGGAUCUAUCAGGAGGCAGCUGUAUCUGGUACGAAAUAAAUCUUCUCCCCCUGGAUGAUGGUGAGGCUUCAAGGAGCGAAGAUCUUCGAACAUCAGCACCGGGGCGCAAAUCGGAUGGACGAUUUGGACACAUCGAAGGAGGUCUUAAUUGCAGAGCAAGGAACAAAAUUUUCAAUGGUAGCGUGAAGAACAAGCGAGCGGUAGAUCUGGUAGGCCGGCCUUUUAGGAGAAUUAAAGCAUGGCCGCGUACUAAUAUGACACGGGUACAGAGGCUACAGGGGGGCGGGAGGGUUGCCGCUGCUACAGUUAAUGUUCUUCCGUUUGUAGUAACUCCCUGGCUGUACGCAGAAAAGAGGGAAAGAAACGGUGGUGUGGGAAUGGGUGAAACAGAGAGCUCUGUGACCACUGUGGAUCCCUUCUCUCUCCGAUACCUUUUACAAGCCCCAGCCCGCCGUCUCUCCCCAUUACAAGGCAUUUUCUUGUUGGAGUCUAAGAUUUUAUGCCGGAAGUUCCAAUCUCUCAUAUGAUUGCUCCGUAUUUAGCCCCCUUGUGCCAAUGGGCAUUGUCAAGAUUAGGCCUCGGGGGCCUGGAAAUGAUGAUUCUGCAGGAAAAAGAUCUCGUACCUUUCCACUCAAUGAGCUCACACAAGAGGAGGGAUUGUUCUUGGAAAAGAGCACUGGUGACGUUUUUGAUGACGGUGAGCUUGCAGAGGUGGGUUGUGAGUUUGUCAUGGUUGAAGAUCAGGUAUGCAAUGUUCCAUAUGAUCUUUAUGACUUGCAAAACUUAAAGGAAAUCCUCUCUUUGGAGAUUUGGAAUUCUGGUUUAACAGAAGAAGAAAGAUUUUCUCUAGCAGCUUACCUUCUAGAUAUGGACCAACAGACAUUUUGGAUUACGAUAAAGGAGUUGCUCAAUGGUGAUAAUAUGUUCUUUGGAAGUCCCUUGGAAAAUUUUUUCUUCAGACUGAAAGGUGGAUUUUAUUCUCCACAAGUUUCUCAUUUAAGGGAAAGUCUGCAGUUCUUGCAAAGACGGGGCUAUUAUCAUUCCCUAAGAUCAUAUCAUGAGAAUAUGUGUCAGAAGUGUGUGGACAUCAAAAGGGCAUGGAGUAAUUGUCACCCAAGCAUGAGGGAAGAUCGCAAGCCUGUAUUUUUGGUGGAUCUCAAUGCAUUUCCUGCAGAGGAAGAGAUGUUAAACAAGGGUGAAAAAAAUGCGGCAACCAUUCCGCUGUUAAAGAAGACCAAAUAUAUGAAUGAAAGGGUAACUGCUCAUGAUCCAAUGGUUGUUUUUAAGGGCAUAGCAUUAAACAGGAAAACAAAUGCAAAAGGGGUUCUGAAAAUAAAACCAAUUGAAAUGAAUGCAAUGCAAAAUCAACCUCUGCUACCAUUGCCAAAUGAGCCAUGGGAGCCAUGUAGGCGGCCACCUAAAGGCGUAUUAAAAAUAAAGCCUAAAUGUGAUCUUCUUGGUCAUCAACGGGAACGAUCCAGAAUGAUUCAAGUUCCACCAGAACAAACUACAGCUGAUCUAUCGGGUGUUCAUAACUCUAGAUUCUCCCCUUCACAAUUUGCUUUUACAUGGGAUAAACAGACCUUUGAUGAGAAGUUACAAUUUGUACAUCGGACAGGCAGAGAUGGAAAUACUUAUAGAAGUCCUGAGCUUAUAGAAAAUCAGCAAAGGGAAGAAUUUUUGAACAUGGGUGCUGGACAGAGAUCGCAAAGAAAGAGAAAGAUGGUAAAGGACGUGAGGUCAGAUAAUGCUAUAGAGAUAAAUGAAGAAACUUUUCCAUUGAAAAAUAACCUGAAAUUGAGGAUAUAUUCUCAUGAAACUGGUGGGAUGGGAAAGCACCACGACGGAGAGAACCUUUGGCAAAACUCAGGUCAACGAAGUAAGGAAUUUCAUGCAGGUUCUGCAGACUCAUACCCUAUUAGUCCUGGUAAUCAUCGAGGAAGAAUGCAGAUGACUGCAGUGCAUUCCACACUUUCUGAAGCAGUUUCAGGGGCCCCAAUUGUUCUCACUGAUGAGCACCAGCCUUUUACAAAGUCUUCUGAUCAUUCAAAACAUAAGCUUAGAGAUAAUAAUGAUGGAGUAUUGAAAAUGCCAAAUGCCCAAAUGGCUACUUCAGGGGUUGAAAGAGAAGGUCUUAUGUUUCCGAUAACAUAUAAGCGGAAAAAAGCAUACACAAAGCUUAACUCAGUCACCUCUCUUAAGCAGCUUCCUGUGGUAGCUGAUGUGGAAUCAGUAUUGCCGAGCGGAAAAGUAGACAUGAAAGCAAAGGCUAUCAAGAUAAAGUUUAAAGGGUGGAAUGAUAAAAAUGCUGAGUACAAACAAGGAAUGCUGAAUGGGAUGCAACAUGGGUCCAUGUCUAGCUAAACCUCUGUGAUGUAAUGCAUGAGCAUCUUUUAUUGGAUCCCACAACAAAUUGAAGAUGUUUCGGUGCUUCUGCUGGUGGAGUGCUGCAUUCGUUGCAAAACAAGCUGCUGCUUGUUAGGCCUGUAUUAUGAAAAGCAACCAUGCACCCAUUUCGAUGGUGGGGUGUCUGGGAAAUAUUUGCUGGAAAUUUCAUCAAAGUUAAAAUAUUUGGAGCUGAUUGCGGUCACAGGGGAAUGAAGUCACAUAAUAUGUGGCAGUUAUAUGCAUAUAAUAAUAUACAAAUAGCUUAGGUAUUUCAUCCCUUUAUCUGGGAUGAUCUGUAUUUUGUUUUGUAUCCUACUAUCAGUGAGUAGGCAAAAGUGACGCUAUUUUGUCUUUUUAUUAACACAAAUUAACUCCUGCUCAUUAUACAAGCUGAUCCUGGAAAAACCAUGCUGAGAUGUAUAUGUAAAUCGAUGUAUGUUGAUUUUAGUUUCCAAAGAUACUCUUCACUCUCAGCCUUCAUGACAUUGGCAAAUUUAUUCAAGCCAAUCUCACCUCAUUUCUCUGUUUAUGGAUAA